AUGACCAGUUUCAACAGCAAGGAAACCGAUUUCAGGGUAAUUAGACUAAUGGGUAGCAAGGUUUUCAACCACAAGAAAAAUCUGAGAGGAGUAAAUGAAGUUUCUGAAGUGCAAAAGGAAGAUUGCAAUGCAGUUAUCACACUCAGAAAUGGGAAAGAAUAUGAAGGGCCCAAGUUACCUGUAAGUGAAGAUAUUCCUGCUAGAGAUGAACCAACUGUGGAGAAAAAUAUUAGAAAUCAGAAAACGUCUGAAAAAUAUGAGGAAGUCAUUGUGAGCAAAAAUAAAAUGAGUGUUUCCAAUCAUUUGCCUUUCCCUUCAGCUAUGCAGAGACACAAAGUGAGGGAUAAGACUUUAAAGAUUUUGGAAGUUUUGAAGCAAGUGAAGAUCAACAUUCCACUCCUUGAUAUGAUCGAGCAAGUUCCUGCUUAUGCAAAGUUCCUCAAAGACUUAUGCACUGUGAAGAGAAGGAUUAAAUUAAGUAAGAAAGCAUUCCUCACCGAGCAAGUCAGUGCCAUCAUUGAGAAUAAGGCAAUGGUGAAGUACAAAGAUCCAGGUUGUCCUACCAUCUCAGUCCAGAUUGGAGAUUCAUUUGUGGAAAGGGCUUUGUUAGAUUUGGGAGCUAGUGUGAAUUUGCUUCCAUAUUCAAUCUAUAACCAAUUGGGAUUGAGAGGGCUUAAGGCUACUACCAUUACAGUCUCUUUAGCAGACCGUUCGAUUAAAGUACCCAGAAGAGUAGUCGAAGAUGUUUUGGUGCAAGUUGAAAAGUUCUACUACUCAGUGGACUUUGUGGUGUUAGAUACAGAACCAUUGAAAAAGGGUAUGAAUUCUGUUCCAAUUAUUCUUGGGAGACCCUUCCUUGCUACAACCAAUGCUCUCCUUAACUGUCAAAAUGGAUUGAUGCAGUUAUCUUUUGGGAACAUGACAGUGGAAAUGAAUGUCUUCAAUUUAUGCAAGCAACCAAUGGACCAUGAUGAUAUGGAAAAUGAGGAAGCAUGCCUUAUAGAGGCCUUGGUGCAAGAACACACAGAAAAGUUAAUGGAAGAAAAUAUAGAUAAAUUUUUCUCUACAAUCGUUAAGGAAGAAUGUGCUCAAGUUGCUACAGAAUGGAAAGAAAAAUAUAUGAUUCAAUCUUUGAACAGUGUUGAGAAUGAUGAAGAAAACAAAAAGGAGGAGGUUGAGAUAAGGAAACCAGAGUUAAAGCCCCUACCACAUGGUUUAAAGUAUGUUUAUUUAGAAGAAAAUGAAGAAAAACCUGUGAUUUAA